AUGGGAAAUGGUACCUUUUAUUUUAUAUUUAUUAAGAUGCUUUAAGUUCCUGUACCAAAAAAUAAAAAUCAUCAAUUACUUAAAGAGAAUCUAAUAUAACAAUAACAAGGCAGUUCAAUUAAACUACAUGUUCAAUAUUGUAGGGAGAUAUAUUUGUUAGUGGAUUAAAUAUAGGUAUUACUUUUGUUUAUCAUAGUGAAUUGUUCAUAUGAACCUGCAGAUUCUUUAAUCGUUAAACAGUAUUUUAUUUAAAAUAAUAUCUAGAGAUCAGAAUAUUAAGAAGAAAUAAAAGGAUGAAAUCAGAGCAAGUAUAUUCUUUCUUAUAUCUAGUGCAUGUAGGUGAUGUUAUAAUAACAGAAAGAUAGAAUCAUUUUCUACUUCAUGCUAAAUUACCGAUGUAUUCUGAAAUUAAAGAUUUAUAAAAAGUAUAUUCAACUUAUGAAAAAUGGUAUCUAUAUAAUUGAAGUUUAGUUUGUAAAUUGCUGAACAAAAUAUUAUGUCUGAAAUCACUUUUACUGAAUAAAAUGCUUUAAAUUUUACUAUUCCAAAAUAAUACAAUGCAGAAUGUUUGAUCAGAUGUAUCAUAAAUCAUAUAAGUUUAAAUCCUUAAACAAAUUUAAAAUAAAUUAAUUUUCUUAGUAAUGAUUAUACAACUGUAAAUUCAAUCAAAUAUUUACAUUAGAUUAACAUUUUUAAAUUAGAAUUGGAUAAUAUAUUAGAUGAAAUGAAAGUACCUAAUUUAGCAGAGAAAAAUAGAAAAACAUUUCUUGAAUUUUUAAACUCAACAAAUUGUGAAGAACCUCCAUAUUUUCUAAGUACUGGAUUAACAACUAGUUUUGCCAAUCUGGCUGAAAAAAGCACAGAAUGA